AUGGUAACUGGUAGUGAAAAUAAAGUUACAGAAAUAUUUUCUGGUGACAAUGCCCGGGAGUCUACUGAAGCUAUGGAAUUGGUUGGGAGAAUGCUGGAUGGUAAUUUUGAUAUGGAAAAGGAAGGGGAAGAUUUUAAGAAUUUUGGAAAUGAUACCAAUAGUGACAGGGUCGAGGAUCUGAAUCGACGGUUGGGCGUGACUGGGGGGUCAAUGUCUACAAAUGGAGUUGGUAUGGAAGGAACUGUGGUUAACAAGGGUUUCGAUGAGGGGAAUCCAGAAUCUCUUGGAGAAGAAGCUGGUCUAAAUGCAAAGCAAAAUGUGCUUAGUAACGGACAGGUGUCAAAUGGAACAUCAGAAAACGUGGUGGGGAUUCAUGUUAAGCCUGGCUUGCUGAUACCUAAAAGACGCAGAGAAGAAUGCGUAACCGAAAAUGAAGGUGAAUAUUACGUUUCAGAUCUAGUGUGGGGUAAGAUUAGGAGCCAUCCAUGGUGGCCUGGGCAGAUAUGUGAACCUUCGGCAGCUUCUGAGGGAUUGAUGAAGUAUUUUAAGAAAGACAGCUAUUUGGUAUCAUAUUUUGGGGGUCUGAAGUUGGCAUGGAAUGAAGCAUCAAAAGUAAGGCCAUUUCAGAUGUACUUCUCUCAAAUGGAGAAACGUAGCAAAACUGAAGCUUUUUGUCAUGCUGUGAAUUGUGCCUCAGACGAGUUUGCUAGACGGGUUCAGCUUGGCUUAUCAUGUCCAUGCUUACCGCAGGUAGUGAACGACGAGAUAGAAUCCAAGGUUGCUGCAAAUGUUGGUAUCAAAAAGGGAUGGAGUAGAAGAGAUGGCAGGGAUGGUUUUUCCAGUACGGUCUCGUUUUUGCCUGCAGAAGUUGUUCAGCACCUGAAGUCAUUGGCUGAAGCCCCGCUUUCUAGAACUGAUAGAUUGGAGUUUGUGAUGAUAAAAGCUCAGUUACUGGCCUUCAAUCAGUGGAAGCAUAAAAAUGAGAUUCCGUUUCUCAAAGAGCUUGGUGGAUUGUUCAAUCAUGAUGUUCAUAUUACUGAACAUGGUGGCGGAAGGCAUUCUCUGGAAGUAUGGGAAGGAUUUUUUCCAGGUUCCAAUGGUACCGAUCUAGUUCCAUCUAAAAUGGAAAAAUCAAUUCCUCGAGAUGGUUCUUCUUGGAAGAGUAAGUACCUCUCAGGUAGUGAUAAGCGCCCCCUCAAAAGGGAAAGACGCGUGUCAGACCCAAUGUCCUUUAGCAGCCCAACUUUACUAAAUGGUCAGAAAAACAAGAUGGUUUUAUCUGGUAAAAAAUGUGAAACUAUUGAUUUUCAAUCAGGUGAUUCCAAAGUGAAAAGAAGAAAGAGUCUCUUGUUGUCAAGUCCCCAUGGUAAGACAUCUUCACAGACUGAAACGUAUUUUAGAGACAGAGAACCCAUACACAGGGCUCUCAAGUAUGGCGAUAGAAGUUCUAAUCAAGCCCCAGCUAGAAGUGGUGAAAAACUGGCAACUGCUGAUCUUCGCAUUCCUACCCGUGGUUACAGGAUAUCUCACGGAGAGAGAACGGUUCCAGCUGAGCACCGUCCUCCAAAUGAGAUUUACUCAAAGUUGUGCUUGGCUGCAAUAGAUCCAACUAAAGGGUAUGACUUCUUAAGUUCAAUAGUUAGUUUGCUUUGUGAAUUCCGGAAUUCAAUUUGCCUGGGAAAAAACAAAGCAAGAAAGCACAAAAGGCAUGCUGAGAAGCACGAGGAAGAACAAACGUCCAUCUCGGGGACUACAGAUACAUUUGGAUUGGUAGGUACAGAAGACUCGUAUUGGAAGGACAUAAUUGUUCAGAACAUCUCCGAAGAUAGGGUGCUAUUUGAACCCGAGAUCCCUACCAAUAAGAAUGCCUCUGUGGCUGAACCAGAAGCUGUUGUAGGUAUGCAAGCAAGCACAGACAAUAAACAAGAAAGAGAUGUCAUUCUGGAUAAGGAAACGGAUAAUCCAUCUUGUCUCGUGGACGAGAAACCCAAGGAGUAUUCUCCAAUGGCACUGAUCCUUACCUUUACGAAUUUAGAAUCUAUUCCUUCAAUAAUCAAUCUGAAUGAGAUAUUUAGCCGUUAUGGACCUCUGAACGAGUCGGAGACUGAAGUAUUGAGCAAAAGCAAGCGUGCAAAAGUGUUCUUCAAGAGACGAGCAGAUGCUGAAACUGUUUUUAACAAUAGAGGGCUAUUUGGUAUUUUUGGAUCAACACUUGUCAGUUACCGCCUUAAGUAUUACCGUAAACUGGCUGAAGCUCCUACAACCUCAAAGUAG